AUGCCUAAUAAAAAUAAAAAAACAGAUCCUAAAAAUCAUACUGCCAUACCAAAUGGUAUGAGUGAAACUAUUGAUACAUCUGAAUCUGAAGAUGAGAUGAAAAAAGUUCAAGAUAUUUUAAAAAAUCAAUUAGUAAUGAAUGAUACAUCUCCAUCAAGUGAGAUGAAUGAUUCUGAAGAGGAACAUCAACAAGACACAUCCAAAUCAAAGAGAAAAAAAAUACAUUGGGUGAAAAAACCCUUUACACUUCCAAUAUCAACAUUUAUUGGAGGUUCAUUACCACCUCCAAACCAUUCUGGACUGGAACCAAUUGAUUAUUUUUACUCUAUGUUUGGAAAAGAAUCAUUUGAUAUUUUAAAAGAACAGUCAAACUUAUACUCCGUUCAGGUCAAUCCAAAUCAACCAGUUAAUAUUUCAGAAUCUGAAAUUCGUCAAUUCGUCGGUAUUUUAUUAAUGACAGGCAUUUAUGGUUUUCCUCAACAACGAUCCUAUUGGACAAACAGUACUCGUGCUGAGUCUAUUGCUUCGACAAUGAGUCGAGAUCGAUUCUUAGAAAUUAAGAAAAAUUUACAUGUUGUUGACAAUACUAAUCAACUAGGUAAAAGUAUUAUGGAACAACAUAUGCCAAAGAAACCUAAUCGGUGGGGUUAUAAAAUGUUUUUAUUAGCUGAUAGCAUUAGUGGAAUUUGUUAUGAUUUUAUUUUUUAUACUGGCAAAACAAAUGAACCUCAAUAUGGAUUUUGUACAGAUAUUGUGCUUAAACUCUGUGAAACAAUACCAAAAAUGAUGAAUUACAAAUUAAACUUUGAUAAUUAUUUUACUACUAUUCAACUUGAAGUCCAGUUGAAGAAAUUAGGUAUUUUUUCUAUUGGAACAAUUCGAUCCAACAGAUUAACAGAUAUAAAUAUGAAAGAUAUUAAGAGUUUAACAGAAGAAGGUCGAGGAUCCAUCGAUUAUCGUAUAACUCAAGUUGAUGGCGUCGAAUUAUGUGCAACGCGUUGGUGUGACAAUAAUAUUGUUACAUGUUUAUCAACUUUAUCUGGUUGUGAAUCAAUUGAUAUGGUGAAACGAUGA